UGCUGUGGUUGAUUGUGAUUCGCAAAUCGUAACCGAGUGCUAUCAUAUCAGGUGACAGUUUCAGCAAUAUUGAUGAGACAAUUUGGUUUUAUCAUGCAUCUGUAAUGCACAUUAUUGUUCGAAGACUACUACCGACACUCUACAAUUUCAUUUCGACCCUUUAUAUUUUUCACCCUUGCUUUUGAUCUCCCAUCAUAAAUCGUGUUUUCAGAGCUAUGAAUGACAACAUCACCUGCAUCGCAACUAGUUUUUGACAUCCCUGGUCAAAUUCUUGAAGUGGAUGGUCUGCCUUCUUUCACAACAAGCUGCAAUCUGUCUUUUAGUCGACGGCUCAAUUUCUUUCCAACAGUGGAGCCGCAACUCUGACCUGCACAUAAACGUUGUGGUAAUGAAUUGGCGAAACCUCCCUUUCAUCCUGCUCUUAUCAUGCCUAUUCGCCUCUUGCAUAGCCGUAGAUGACCAUGAGCAUAUAUCGAAACACCUGAAGGUGGACGGGAACGAAGACGAGGACGAAGGAGAGGCAAGUUCUCAGGUGAAAAUUCGCUACGAAAUUCAGUCAGAGCCUCCCGAGGAUCUAGACGAUGAGCUAGAUGACGCUGAGGCAGAGCAAGAGGACUUGCUGAAUUCGAUCGUCAGAAUACGAGCACUCCUACUUAGGCAGAAUGUAAAGAGCUUGGAUGAAAUGUUUAAAGCUGAUACACUUAGGAAGCUUAUGAGGUUGUUUGAUAUUCAUCCAGACGAGGGAACUAGCCCUGCCCGACUGUCUAAUAGUAGGUUCCCUGACUCCAAUGGUGAGAGUUCAACUAACGCGGAGGAGGAAGAAGAAAAUGUCAGUGCAUUCGAUAGAUGGAUUAACAGAGCACAAAACGCUAUUAAUGUCGCAAUUAGUGCUGUUAAAGAACACAAAGAACUCCAAGAAUCAUCACAAAGCGGAAGUGUUGAUUUCGACGAUGGAGUGGAUAUCGAUUCAGACAUUUUGGUGUUUCGGGAUUAUAAGCCAGAUUUAGAAAAUGCCUCGGAGGAAGAGAAAAAAGGCUACGACCUAUUCAAUGAAGCUCAUGUCCUAUUAAAAAAUCGCAAACCACCCAUGCAAGACGUGUUCAAGAUAUUGGAGGAUGCUGCAAAUUUAGGCAACAUUAAUGCAAAGUUACAGAUUGGGUGGUCAAAAUUAUUCGGUGCCCACAUGAAGCAAAAUGUGACCGAAGCCAGAAAAAUCUUUGAGGAGGUUGCAGCUCAAAAUGUUCCUUUCGCACAAAUGACGCUCGGUUUUCUUUAUGCUUCUGGUAUUGGUAUUCAAGCUGAUCAAGCAAAGGCUUUAGUCCACUAUACAUUCGCUGCUCUUGGAGGGAACACAUGGGCUCGUAUGGCCUUGGGGUAUCGCUACUGGUCUGGUGCUACAGUACAUAGCAGUUGUGAGAGGGCCUUAGAUUUUUAUCGUCUGGUGUCUAAUAAAGUGGCUAGCGAUGUCUCUCUUUCGGGUGGCCCCACAAUUCAGCGAGUUAGAUUGAUUGAAGAAGCAGAGAAUGUUGGCUAUAAUACAGGCAUGAUAGAAAAUGAUCUUGUUGAGUAUUACCAGUUGCUUGCUGAAAAAGGAGAUGUCAAAGCACAAGUUGUUCUCGGCCAGUUACACUAUCAGGGUGGCCGUGGAGUCCCACUAGACUUACAGAAAGCUGUUCACUUUUUCUCUAUGGCAGCUGAAUCAGGCAAUGCUAUCGCCCUUGCAUUUCUAGGCAAAAUUUACAUGGAAGGGAAUGGCGAUAACAUCAAGCAAGACAACUUGACAGCUUUCAUGUAUUUCAAACAAGCUGCUGAGAUGAAUAAUCCAGUUGGUCAAGCUGGCUUAGGGUUAAUGUAUCUCCAAGGACAAGGGGUCGAAAAAGACUACAGUAAGGCGCUUCAUUUCUUCACUCAGGCUGCCGAGCAAGGCUGGGUUGAUGGGCAGCUCCAAUUAGGAGUCAUGUAUUUCAAUGGCCUUGGUACUCCACGUGAUUAUGAACUGGCAAAUAAAUACUUUACUCAAGCCUCUCAGUCUGGCCAUGUUUUGGCAUUUUAUAAUCUUGCUCAGAUGCACGCAACAGGAACAGGGAUGCUCAGAUCAUGUUCCACUGCCUCAGAGCUUUUCAAAAAUGUUGCUGAACGUGGAAGAUGGGCCAAGAAGUUAAUGAUUUCUCAUACUAAAUACCGAGAGGGUCAUAUCAAUGAAGCAUUUGUUGGAUAUGCUUUCCUAUCUGAGUUAGGUUAUGAAGUUGCUCAAAGCAAUGCUGCGUUUCUGCUGGAUAGAAGGGAAGUAUCUCUAUGGCAGGAAGAACGGGAAACCUACGCUCGGGCCUUGAUGUACUGGAGCAGAGCAGCUGCUCAAGGGUAUUCAACAGCUCAGGUAAAACUCGGAGACUACUACUACUAUGGCCUAGGAACUGGAGUUGAUUAUGAAACAGCAGCUCUCCAUUACAAGCUGGCCUCCGACUCACAACAUAAUGCACAGGCCAUGUUCAACUUGGGAUACAUGCAUGAACAAGGUCUAGGAAUGAAUAAGGAUCUUCAUCUUGCCAAAAGAUGCUAUGACAUGGCAGCUGAAACCAGUCCUGAUGCCAAAAUUCCAGCCACGCUUGCACUGAUGAAACUGUCUCUAUUUUUCAGUUGGAAAUACUUACAAGAGAUCAAUUGGUUAAGUUGGCUCACGUUAGGGGUUUUCCAAAUCAACUGGUAUGAGUGGCUAUCCCUUGGACUAAAUGACAGUUUCUCUGAUUCAUCACUUUUUUUCAUGAUGGCUGCAACUGCUAUGCUGAUGUAUUACCUACGAAGAUUCCCUCCCGAUCAGAGGUAAUGUCAAAACAUCCUCAUUUUCCAGAUUUGAUUUGCAUUUCGUAUGGAGUAAACUGUUGCAUCUUCAACGUGUACUGAGAAUCAUCUCCUUGUAAGUUAUUUCCUUUUCUUUUCAACUUUUUCCAACAGUUAAUUCAUUUCAACUGUUCCAUUUUUGAAAUUGAACUGCAAGUUAAUUAAAUUUUUUUAGGAUUUCAAACCUUACUAAGAGAUGCUGGAAUCUUAAUACAACUUUUUGCUUAGGUCAGAAGCAGGGGUGCAGAAAGUGCUAAUCCUGCAGGUCGCAGGCUCUUUGCAGGAGAAGUAUGAAGGUAGCGCUACUUUUUGUGAAGAAAACUACUAUUUUUUUGAAGAGAAAAUUGCUAAGCCUUUUAUUAUCUACCAAGAAAACUGUGGAAAACACGCACUUUUAUGCAAAAAAAAUUAUGAAAUGGGCAGUCUUGAGUGGACAACACUGUGAAGGCAGCUUCAAAAUAUGUGGAGGCUGCCUCAAAAAAUGUGAAGGCAAAGAAAUUUCUGCACCCCUGGUCAGUAAGUCUUAGUGGAUUAUAGUUGUGCAGUUAACUUUUUUUAUCUUUUUUUUUUUUUAUACCAGAUUUUGGCUUUUAAUUCAACUUCUGUCACUUUUUCCUUAUUAUACCAGUAAGUUGUACCAAUUUACCAACAGUACUAUGAAGACCGAACAUACUUCAGUUUUCCCAAAAAUGUCUUUUAACAAUUUAAGUGCUAGCCUUUUAUGCUUAGCAUAAUCAAGGUAAUGAGUUUUUUUUCCUGACUUUUUUCCAUUCUACAAAACUUCCAUUAGUUGCACUCAGGUUUGCUCCAGAACAGAAAAACUCCUCUGCAUUGAAGGUUUAUUAGCUAAUUUAAGUUGCCUCAAACAGAUCUAGUUUAUGUGCUUUUAUGCUCUGGUACAAACUUUUUUGCCUAGAAAAUGGAUGAAAAUUCUCAGGAAAUUGUUCACUUUCCAGUCUGGUUUUUUUUCUUCUUCUUCCAGCACCUAACCUGUACCACAACUUGAAUUACCCUCUUUUUUCUCUGACAAAACUUAUGUUAAUUUUAGGUUUGAUCCAAAAUCUAAAGAAAGAAAUUCAAAAGAAAGUCACUUAGUCAGAAUACAUAGCUGAUUAAUAAACAAAGAAACAUAAUGAAAGUAACUGAAAAACUCGAAGGUACAUCAGUAGUCUAAACCACCGAAUACCCUCACUUUCAUCUUACAUUACACGUUGCUGAAUUUUAAUUUGCAUUUUGCAACAAAAGUAAAAUUUUCCUUUAGUUUUUCAAAUUUUCGGAUGUUUCUGUUGGUCUUCAAAAACUUCCAAAAAUGAUAUGCUCAAAGAGCUGUGUAACAUUUCUCUCCUAAAAAAUGAACUUCAUCCACUGUAUGUUUUGAAAUUGUUUCUUUUUUUUCUAUUCAACAAUAUGAUUUUUGUGCGUCAAAAAGUAAUGUAUUCUUAGGAUUAGUUUUCAAUCCAAGUUGGAAACCAUUAUACGAAACUUUUAAUUUGCAGAAAGGAUUUCAACUAACACUUUUCUCAUCAUGGGCUUAAUGCCAAAAUUUCUCAUUUCAUUUCUCUUAGAGAAAAAUCUCGAAUGAUUUUCCGAAAGAUAAUGAACAGUUAUUGAUUAAUUAGGCAUUUUCAAAGGACUGUUUUCAGAUGCUAAACAUUUUUGGUGUCAUAGCAUGUGAUAAUCUAAUUACCUAGACCUUGAGCAUUUGUGUGAGCAAAGGUCUCAUCAGCUUCUGUUUUUAAGUUUCUGUUAUUGCACUGUUACCGAAACUUUUUUUUAGUGUAAAUGAAGUACCAAAGUAAUAAAUUAUUGAUUAUCAUAAAUAUUUUCAGCAUUCAAAAGUAAAAUAACUUUUUACUUUUUACUACGCCUAAGAUUUAGCUAUUUCCCAUGUUAUAUUGUCUCUCUUUAAGCAUAGCUAUCAAUUGAUUUAUUUUUAAAUCAUCUUGUACUUCAAUUAGGGAAAUAUGUAUACUGAUGCAUAGUAAAUAUACUUUGUAAAUGUACCCUUUAAAUACCCCGGAUGAAUAAAGCCGUCCACCAAUUUGCGUAACUCCUAAACCACGGACAAGUAUACUCAUCAUGUGGCUGUGCACUUUUUUUAUCAAAUGAUGAAAUUAGACUUCUGAUGUACAUUGCCUAUCAAGGAAAGUAUGAACUAUAACUUCAGCAUAUUUUCAAAAGUGGACAGGCAUAUGGCUGAAUUGGAUGGAGACUUGAAGUGCUCUUGAGGCAUCCCUCUCUUUCAUAAGCUGAUUUGUGGGGUGUGCGCAUCAAAUCUUAAUUUGGUAUCUUAAAGGCUAAGUAAGCACCAAUUCCGAAAUAAUAAGGCUGUCUUCGUAAUACUGUCUUUUAGUAGUUGCCGUUUGGUUUGCAAAAUUUUGAAGAGCAGGAAAUGUCAUAAGUUCUUAUUUAAACCAUGUCUGACGUUCCAUUUUUCCCGAUUUGAGUCCGCAUUUGUCACUAUAAUUUUGUACAAACAAUGAAAGAUACUUGUCCUUAAAUGGUGAUCUCUUAUUAUGUAGUUUUUAGUUUUGUGCCUCUCUUGUUCCUUGAAAUUUGUUUUCUUGGAAUUAUCUCACAGCAGGGUAAAGAGGCAUCAGUUUUGUGAGAGGCUUUCUCGGUUACGAAUCAUUGGAAUUCAAUGUAACUCUGAUAGUAUCAAGAGCGUGUAUUGUAUAGCUCUUGUACCAAAAAGAAUUUAAUGUUAUAUUUUACUAGUGAGUAAGAGAUUUCUGGAAUUGUGACCUUCAUUUACAAUUUAGUCUUGAAAUUUUUUAUUCUAACAUUUCCUCUCAAGUUCAAAAAUAUGUACAGUUGAAACUUCAUCAUCCUUUUAAAUACGACAAAAGCAGUGAUAGAUAACAAAAGCGUUGAAUAAUGUGAAGAUAGCUCUUUAACUUGUCUUCAAACAUACUGGAUGCACGGUAUUUGUAUACGUUUUGUUUUUCCAUUUAAGAUUUGUAGUCAAAGGUCUUGUCCAUGGCAGUGCUGCAUUUACUGUAUUGAUUCCUCUGAAUAUAAUGUUCAUGUUUUUCACUUAUUCUAGUAUAUUGAUGACUAAGUGUAAAACAUGCAUUUAUCUCAAUUGAAACGUGUCAAAAUCCCUAAUUAUGUUUUAUUUUGUCUAAGAAAAAUUAAUGAAAAUGUUUCCUUGCAAUUUUAUGGGGUUUUCUUUUAGAUUAAUGGAAGAAAACUUUCAAAAAAUUCCAAUAGAAACUUUUUGUUAUCACAAAAACAACAUAAAACAAUCUGAAGCACGCAUUUGACCCCAUUGAUCUAAUACAAUAAAAUUGUAACUCUUCAAAAAUGUAGGAUAGUAAUGCUGAUAUCAUUCAAUCAAGUGUCAAAUAACAAUUGAGUUUCAGUUGAAUUUAAAUUCAGAUAGUGCCAAACAUCUUCUGACAGCUUAGGUAUGCGGCAGUGGUAGAAUUAUUUUUUGGAAACCUACUAAUAUUUUUCACUUCAUGCUUUGCGUUUUCUUAAAACCGAUUAAAAACAAUGCCAUUGGAUUAUUCCAAAGAAAUCUUAAGAGUGAGAAUAAAUUUUAAAAUAUGGGGUAUUCAAUAUUUUCGUUCAUCUCCUGUUAAAAUAAUGACCCUCUUAGGUUUAGGUUUUACACUCAUAGGUUUCAACCCUUAUUGUGCAAAUCAUUCUAUGUUCAACUUGCGUACUUUGUAACGUAUUCAUUCAGUUUUAUGAUACGUACCUAUGACUGUGCAUCAAUCUAGUUUUUGUGUCUUAUUAGUAUUAACAUAUCCGCAAUGCCUUUGUGUUGAUGAUAGUUCCAAAAAUUAUGUAUUAUCACAUCGAGAUCUAGUGCAUUUAAGUUGUUGCUCAUGAAAACCCUGGGCUCUCUAUCUCUGAACAUAUUCAGAUCUAGAUAUUUAGAAGUUAAUACGAUGAGUUGGACCCUAUUGUGCGAUAAGGAACUACCAUUUUUGGCUCAUCUGUAAGAGCUUUCAUCAACCAUUGGAAACUGAUGGCACUCGCAUUGUUUCUAAAAUGAGUCAGAAACAGUUCUUCCUUAUUGCAAAAGGAAGUCCAUUUAGAAACUUGAAAUUUCUUAAAAGUCGAUUGUGUAAAUAUUUUUAAUUGAACAAUGAUGUCUGUAAUAACAUCAAACGCCAGGUUACCAAGAUAAAGUUAAAAUAUUUUGACUUCAAUAAUACAAUUUUUUGAAAAUAAGUAUUCAACCUAUUACCAUUAAACCAGGCAAAAUUCAACUCGUGAAAAAUUAUUUUAAAUUUACAACAGUCAAUUUUUAUUCUGCAAGGAUGGAUAGUUUUGAAUGUUCUUCUCGUCCUCUACUGAAUUUUUUUAAGCUCUCAAAAUUUCCUUCAACACACGCAGUUCAAGCCUUAGAGUAACUGAAUCACUGAGGUACAAAUUAGGUAGAAAAAUUUGGAAGUAUAGAUGCAAAAUUGUUCCAAUUAACAAGAUGGGUUCUGCCAGUUACAACGAUUUUCGAGUUGUAAUGGUCUAAUUGUAAGUGUUAAGUUUGAAAAGGCUGGGAACAUAUUCUUUUGUGUAAUAAUUUUCAUUAGAUGUUACAACCUUAGAUGUUCAAUGAGACUUUACUUACAUUUUCUCCUCUCCUAUCAUGGCGAUAAUUGUAAUUGAGUUAUUCGGUAUCAAAAAUUCUAAUUUAUGUAAAUAAAUGAUUAUUUACAGUGACCAAAAUUUCUUAGCCACCAAAUUACUAAAGGAAAUCGUUUUUAGCCCAGCCAGAAUCUAGAAGAGAAAGAGAGAGAUAAUUGAAAGAGAAUAUAUAUAGAAAUUCGUUAGCCAGCAUAAAAGAAUGAAAUUGCAACAAAUCUUCUUUAGUGAAAAAGAUUUCAAGAAAUAAUUUGAUUAAAAUUAUUACAUAAGAGGUUGCCGCAUCAUUGGUUGUUAAGAUCUACAUAUUUUGUAUUGUAGAUUUACUAGGUGUUUUCAUAACUUUACAAUUUCUUUAAUUUAAGUCAUCCUCUUUCCCUACUUGAUGUGUCACUUGAUUUCUUCCUAGAAUCAAUCAUUAAUCAAAAUAUUAUUCAGAGUGUUGGUGAUUUAGCAAAUGCUUGUCAAAUUGUCUUACUAAAUUGAUAUUCUUAAUAUAGAGAGAAAACACUCAUCUGAGUACAAAUUUACUCUCAAGCAAGUUGUACUGUUUGGUUCUACACUAGUUACAACCAGUCAGGGAGGCAACUAAAAACUUGUUUCAGGUCUAUUUAGACCCAUCAUUAGUGCAGUGCAGCCUUUCGAUUUUCUGCUUCCAAGCUCGGAAAGGUCGUGUAAGCCAGUCCGAGGUUCAGGCAUGCAGUCAAAAUCAUGAGGCUGUACUGCACUGAUGAUGUGCUCAAUGAGACCCAAAAUGCUUUUACAGUUGCCUCUCUGACUGGUUGUAACCAGUGUUGCACCAAACAGCAGAACUCUUAUGAGAGAAAAUUUGUGCUUUGAUGAGCUUUCUCUCUCUACAAUUAGAAUGUCAGUUUUACACUGAAAUUCAACAUGAGUCGGCAAAAUCACCAACACUCUGUCUAAAUGAAACGUGCAUCAAAGCGGAAUCAGUUUGUAGUAAAAUAUUAAUAUUUUUACAUCAGUGAUCGUAAUACUAGAAUUAAGCACCAAAGUUGAUACACAUCAUGUACAUGUAUUUUGAAAAUCACCAGCUCAUCAGUAGUUAAACCACAUUAAAUUGUAUCUUGAUUUGGUUUAUCAAAUUUUUGCUCCUGUAACAAUUUUCAGAGCAAUCUAACCUGAAUUUACUGUCUAGACUUUUGAAAAUAUUUAAUACAGCAAAGAAAAAUCACAAACUUAUUCAAGAAAUGGUCUUGAAUAAGGUUUCAUUUAUUAAAUGAAGUAGUUUCUCAUAAGAAAUUUCCACAAUUACAUAACAUUAUACGGAGUUUCCUAAUUUCACUGUCGAUUGGCAUUAAAUGCCUUGCUCUGAUAUCUGGCAUCCAAUAAUUUUCUAACUGUGAUAUACGAUAUAGUCUAGCUGAUUCUCAAACUCUGUUCAGUUUUGGAAGAAUUCGUUUGAACUUUGUUAAAGUGUGUUGUUUCUGUAAACGAAUAUUAUUCUUGUUUUAUUUUGAAAAAUAAUGUUGUAAUAAAGAAUGUGAUAAAAAAAGA